UAACUUUUUAUACAAUUUUCGUAAAUGUCUUAAGAAAAAUCCAGCUUUUCCGCAGUUCAUAACUGCAAGACGUGAUAUGACUCGUAAUGAACUAAAUAUAUUGUAUAACUUGCGAAAGCAAGCAUUUUCUAUGAAUCAGGCCGAGAACAUGUUUAAGUACAUAGUUGUCGACCUGUCAAUAAUUACACUCAAAAAUCCACAACCGCUCAGGGCAACCAAAAAUAAAUAG